AUGGUAACGAGAGUGAGAAGCAGAGCAGUGGCGGAAGGCAGAACCAACAUCCAAAGAAAGGCAAAGAGAAAGCAAAAGUAUGAUUUGAAAUGGUAUGAAUCCAUGGCUCCGCCUACUCCGUGCAGCCGCCGCCAACUUCGUGCAUCCGACGACGAUGACUCUGUGCAACCCACAAUGAUGACUCCGUGCAGUCGAAGACGACCCCGUGCAGCCGACAGCGCCGCUAUCUUUCUCUCCGGGUCGGCGAAUGUUUGUUUCUCGGACGGUGAAUCGGCGAGGGGUUCGACGGCUUUGUAUCGUUUCCCGCGACGACGACUAUUUGUUUCUCUGUAUGGUGAACCGGCGAAAUUGAUUUCACCUCCUCCGGAUUCUGAGUCGGCUAUUGGCAAGAUUUGA